AUGUCUCACAGCGUCACAUCUCAACACUCAGAAGGGAGUAGAGACUUCGACGUGGUGGUCUUCGGUUGCACGGGUUUGGUCGGUCGCCUCACACUGAAGACAGUAGUCGAGUUGGCGGUUCCUGCUGGUCUGAAGGUUGCUGCUGCUGGUCGGAAUGAGGAAAGGAUGAAAGAAAUCAUAUCAGAGCUCCCUGCGUCCGGGGCUACUGUGAAGUAUAUAGCGGCAGAUGCAUAUGACUCUCACUCGAUCCAGGAGAUGGCCAGAAGGACUCGAUUGGUCCUCAACUGCGCCGGUCCUUUUACUGUUCACGGCGAGGUUGUCGUGAGGGCGUGUGUAGAGGCUGGUACGGAUUACAUGGACACUACGGGGGAAAUCAACUUCGCGGAAGCCAUGCAAUUGAAGUACUCUGCUGCGGCCAAGGCCUCGGGGUCCAUCGUUGUAUCCUCAUGUGCAUUCGACGCUGUGCCAGGGGACAUGGGUGUUCAGAUCAUGCACGACGUGCUGAGCAAAAAUAACGGAAUUCCGUAUUCGGUUGAGGCCUUCCUAGAGAUCAUCGAGGGUCCCCAGGGUUACACUGGUGGCUUCGGCACGUAA